AUGCGUUUUACCGUCUUGUCCACUAUCGUUCUGGCCUUCGCCCAGCAUGUGUGCGCCUUGCCAGUCGAAAUCGAGCAGACAUCUGGUUUGGAUGUCACUCUGAGCCAAGUCAGCGAUACUCGCAUUAAAGCGGUGGUCAAAAACACCGGCAGUGAGGAGGUCACGUUUGUGCACCUGAACUUCUUCCGGGAUAGCGCCCCGGUGAAAAAGGUCGCUGUUUAUAAAGAUGAGAAUGAAGUGACUUUCGAAGGAAUUAAACGCCGGUUCAAGCUUCAGGGACUCACGUCCGAAGCCCUUACGACUCUGGCUGCCGGAGAAAUCUUGGAGGACGAGUUCGACAUUGCGGCAACCAGCGAUCUGUCGCACGGCGGUCCGGUGUUGCUGCGUUCCAAUGGUCUCGUACCAUUGGUAAACGACGGUGCCGUGUCUGGCUAUCUGCCCUACCACUCCAACGAUCUCAAAAUCGAGGUCGAUGCGGUCAAAGCGGCCCAGGUGACCAAGGCCAUCAAGACGCUCACUCGACGCACUCAGGAGAGCUGCAGCAACGCCAGUCGGAAGCGGGCUCUUGAGACAGCCCUGAAAAACGCUGCAUCGCUGGCAACGGCAGCUGCAAAGGCAGCUCAGUCCGGUUCCGCGGCUAAAUUCACCGAGUACUUCAAAUCCGCCGAUAGUUCGACCCGUCAGACAGUGGCAGCCCGGCUACAGGCAGUGGCCAAGGAGGCGCAGUCGACCAGCUCGGGAGGUACCAAAUACUACUGCAGUGAUGUGCUGGGGUACUGUGAGACCAAUGUGCUGGCCUACACGCUGCCGUCCCAGAACGUGAUUGCAAACUGCGACAUCUAUUAUUCCGAGCUGCCAGCGUUAACGACUAGCUGCCACAACCAGGACCAGGCGACCACCACCCUCCAUGAGUUCACCCAUGCCCCGGCCGUGUAUAGCCCUGGCACAGAUGAUCUGGGAUAUGGCUACUCGGCUGCGACAGCUCUCAGCAGCAGCGAAGCCGUGAUGAAUGCGGACACGUAUGCCCUGUACGCCAAUGCUAUCAACUUGAACUGCUAA